AUUGAUUUUGGAUUAUCUAUUUUCUUGAAGCCAGGAGAAAAGUUUACUGAUGUGGUAGGGAGCCCAUAUUAUGUCGCUCUAGAAGUCUUACGAAAGCGUUAUGGUCCAGAAGCAGAUGUUUGGAGCGCUGGAGUGAUUCUUUAUAUUUUAUUAAGUGGGGUACCUCCAUUUUGGGCUGAAACGGAGCAAGGAAUAUUUGAUCAGGUCUUGCAUGGUGAGCUAGACUUUUCAUCAGAUCCCUGGCCUAGUAUCUCUGACGGUGCCAAAGAUUUAGUAAGGAGAAUGCUUGUCCGAGACCCCAGAAAGCGGCUGACUGCACACGAAGUUUUGUGCCACCCCUGGGUGCAAGUUGAUCAUUAG